AUGGGUAAAGAUAAAAACCACCAAAACGACGGACAUAACAAAAUCAGGAACGAUGAACCAAGCUCAAAAACAACACAAAACGCAACACAGAACACCCAAUUCCCGCAAUUCCUUGUGAUGACCUCCACACAGAGUGGUAAAACAACGGCCGCGUUGUCGCCACCUCUGUUGAGGAAGGGCAUCCAGGGAAUCGCAGGGGAUGUGAAAUCUGUUAAGCCAUUGGGAUCGGGCGAUCUCCUUAUAGAGGUUUAUCGCCAACAACAGGCGAUGAACCUACUCGGAACAACCAGUUUUGCCGGCAUCGGUGUCAGUGUGAAGCCACACUCUUCACUUAAUUGCAGCAAGGGGGUAAUCAGGUGCCCAGCCUUGCGCAAUGACACCGAUGAAGACAUACUGGCAUAUUUCCAGGAGGAGAGCGUCCCGGUCUCUGAGGUGAGGCGGAUGGUGAUCAGGAGAAACAAUGAUACUAUCAAAACAAACACCUUCAUCAUCACUUUUUCAACGCCAACACUACCCCAUAUACUAACAAUCGGAUACAAGAGGUACAACGCUUCCGUCUACAUCCCAAAUCCAUUGCGAUGCCGAAACUGUCAGAAGUACGGUCAUCACGAAAAGCGAUGUAGACGAAAAUCGAUCUGCCAGUAUUGUGGCCGUGAGGGUCACACCAAGGAAAAUGACUGUGACAUCGCCAACCUGCGCUGUGUCAACUGUGAGGGGAAGCACGCUGCCUCUUCUCGCAACUGCCCUACCUGGAGCCAGGAGAGGGAUAUAUUACGGGUUAAAUAUACCCGAGGUGUCUCUUUCCCCGAGGCCAGGAGGAUAGUCGGGAGUGCAGACAUUGCUACACCCUCUUACGCACAAGUGACUCGAGGCAAGGCGACGGUUGACAGUGUCACGGUCAAGGAUGUUUCGGUUCAAGUUUCUGAAGACAUACCUGCCUGGGGCUCACAAGUCCCAGCCAUGGCUGGUCAACAGAACUUGAAAAUCCUCACGGGGGACCCAUCCCGUUUCACGACUUUAACCAAACCAACCAAAUCAACCAAACCAAACAACCUGUCAAAAGCAGCAUCACCCUCAAAAACAGCAUCUUCAUCAAAACCAGCAACACCAUCAAAACAAGCACCACCAUCAAAAACACCUUCCUCUUCAGGAGAAAACCCUCCAAAGGCUGGCCCAUCUAGGGCACAGAUGCGGUCGCAGCGAUCUCCCUCACUCACAUCUGUUCCUCGGUCCCAAAUGAGGCAAGACGUAACAUCACCUACCAACAGACCUAGGAAAAAAAUUAGAAUAGCGAGGGGCAAAUCUGAUGACCUGAUCUGA